CGCUGUCAUUGGCCCGUGCCCCUCUGCUCCGGGGGCGUGUGGGUGCCCGUGGCUACGUUUAGGCCUUGUGUGCCAGAUCUAUGGGAACUCUCUCUGGACACCUCUAGCUUUAACCUUCUCUCCUUCAUACCAUUCUCUCCCCGAUUACAAGUGCAAGAAUCAACUCUCCUUCUCCUCCUUCUUUCUCAGACCAGCUUUGAGGAGGUAGCAUCUGCGUAUUCUUUUCUUUCUUCGUUUCCUCGAGCCCCGGCCUUGGUCCUGUUCUCACCCCACAUCGUCGUGAACACAGCCGUCAUCCGACACCAUGGCUUCUCAGCCUGAAGAGCACAAGAAGAAGGUCAACUUGACCGACCCCUCCGGCGCGGAGAUCAAGCAUGAAGAUGACACCGCCACUGCCAUCCUCAAGAAGAAGAAGAAGCCCAACCAGCUGAUGGUUACCGAUGCCGUCAACGAUGACAACAGCAUCAUUGCCCUGUCCGAGGCUACCAUGGACACCCUCCAGCUCUUCCGCGGCGACACCGUCCUCGUACGAGGCAAGAAGAGAAAGGAGACAGUGCUCAUCGUUCUUGCCGACGAGGAGCUUGAUGAGGGAAGUGCUAGAAUCAACCGAGUCGUCCGUCACAACCUCCGAGUGAAGCACGGCGAUAUGAUUACCAUUUCCCCUUGCCCCGAUAUCAAAUAUGCCAAGCGAAUUGCUGUGCUCCCCAUUGCCGACACUGUCGAGGGCCUCACUGGCUCCCUUUUCGAUGUUUUCCUUGCCCCAUACUUCCGCGAAGCCUACCGACCAGUCAAGCAGGGUGACCUGUUCAUCGUCCGUGGUGGCAUGAGGCAAGUCGAGUUCAAGGUUGUCGAGGUGGAUCCUCCGGAAUAUGGUAUCGUGGCUCAGGAUACCGUCAUUCACUGUGAGGGUGAGCCUAUCCAGCGAGACGAGGAGGAGAACAACCUGAACGAGGUUGGCUAUGACGACAUCGGUGGAUGCCGCAAGCAGAUGGCCCAGAUCCGAGAAAUGGUUGAGCUUCCUCUCCGCCAUCCUCAGCUCUUCAAGUCCAUUGGUAUCAAGCCGCCUCGAGGUGUCUUGCUCUACGGUCCUCCUGGUACCGGUAAGACUCUCAUGGCUCGUGCCGUUGCCAACGAAACUGGCGCUUUCUUCUUCCUCAUCAAUGGUCCUGAGAUCAUGUCCAAAAUGGCUGGUGAAUCCGAGUCGAACCUGCGAAAGGCCUUUGAGGAGGCUGAGAAGAACUCACCCGCCAUCAUCUUCAUCGAUGAAAUCGAUUCCAUCGCCCCCAAGCGAGACAAGACCAACGGUGAAGUUGAGCGCCGUGUUGUGUCUCAGCUCCUUACCCUCAUGGACGGCAUGAAGGCUCGCUCCAACGUUGUCGUCAUGGCCGCCACCAACCGACCCAACUCCAUUGACCCGGCUCUGCGACGAUUCGGUCGUUUCGACCGUGAGGUGGACAUUGGUAUCCCCGACCCAACUGGCCGUCUGGAGAUUCUCCAGAUCCACACCAAGAACAUGAAGUUGGCCGAUGACGUCGACCUGGAGCAGAUUGCUGCCGAGACCCACGGUUACGUCGGUUCUGAUGUUGCCGCCCUCUGCUCUGAGGCUGCUAUGCAGCAGAUUCGUGAGAAGAUGGAUCUCAUUGACCUCGACGAGGACACCAUUGAUGCCGAAGUCUUGGACUCCCUUGGUGUCACCAUGGAGAACUUCCGAUUCGCCCUGGGCGUGUCCAACCCCUCUGCUCUCCGCGAGGUCGCAGUUGUGGAAGUCCCCAACGUCCGCUGGGAGGAUAUCGGUGGUCUGGAGGAAGUCAAGCAGGACCUCAGAGAGAGCGUCCAGUACCCCGUCGACCACCCCGAAAAGUUCCUCAAGUUUGGUCUCUCCCCAUCCCGAGGUGUCCUCUUCUACGGACCUCCUGGUACCGGUAAGACAAUGUUGGCCAAGGCUGUCGCCAACGAGUGUGCUGCCAACUUCAUCUCCGUCAAGGGACCUGAGCUGCUCAGCAUGUGGUUCGGUGAAUCUGAGAGCAACAUCAGAGACAUCUUCGACAAGGCCCGAGCGGCUGCUCCUUGCGUCGUCUUCCUCGAUGAGUUGGAUUCCAUUGCCAAGGCUCGUGGUGGCUCUGUGGGUGAUGCUGGCGGUGCCUCUGACCGAGUUGUCAACCAGCUUCUGACUGAAAUGGACGGUAUGACUUCCAAGAAGAACGUUUUCGUCAUCGGUGCUACCAACAGACCCGAGCAGCUCGACCCUGCUCUCUGCCGUCCUGGUCGUCUGGACUCGCUCAUCUAUGUGCCUCUUCCUGAUGAGCCUGGCCGUCUUGGUAUCCUUAAGGCUCAGCUGCGCAAGACUCCUGUCGCUGCCGACGUUGACCUCGGCUACAUCGCUGCCAAGUCUCACGGCUUCUCUGGUGCCGAUCUGGGAUUCAUCACCCAGCGCGCCGUCAAGAUUGCCAUCAAGGAGGCCAUCACAGCAGACAUUGAGCGUACAAAGGCUCGUGAGGCCGCUGGAGACAAUAUGGAUGUUGACGAGGAGGCUGAGGACCCUGUUCCUGAGCUGACCAAGGCCCACUUCGAGGAGGCCAUGCAGAUGGCUCGCCGAUCCGUCAGCGAUGUCGAGAUCCGCAGAUAUGAGGCCUUUGCCCAGCAGAUGAAGAACGCUGGACCUGGUGCCUACUUCAAGUUCCCUGACGGAGCUGAGGGUGGUGCUGGCGGCGACGCUGGCAACGCCUUUGGCGAUGCCGGCAACGAUGACGAUCUCUACGACUAAAGUAUGGCGGCCAUGGGCAAUAAAGAAACAGCACCCUGGAUCCCUUGUAUUUGAAAGGAAAAAAGAAAUAUAAAAAAAUAGCUUCCUCCUACAUCUGCAUCCAUCAGCCCGAAGUUGGUCGGGUAGGAGUCUAAUUCACGGCAUCGGGUGGCACACUAUUUCGACCCGGGAGGGCGGUAGAAUGAUUAGAGUUGCAGAAGAGCGAAGGGGAGAUUAGCUCAGGGUGUGGCGUUACAGACUAAGCCAUCAAGACAUUCCCAGGACACGAAAUUCAGUUGAGGAUCGGUGACUACUGGGAUCUAGGACCACAAGAUU